UGCAUAUCGCCGUAAAGCUGGUCUCUCGCGGGAUCUCCCAGUCAUAGUACAAAAUCAUUACCCAGGCCGACCAGAAUCCUUUCACCCACGCUUCAAAUCUCCUAUGUACAACCUACUCUUUGAAAAAAAGCAGAAAAAACUACGUACUCUUUGACCAGGGCUUUUUUUGACUGUGUUUCAGAUCAAGCUCUGGUUUAUUCCAGUUUAGAAAAGCAAAGAAAAAUAAUGGCGGCUCAUGCGUUAGUUGUUCCAUAUCCCGGAAGAGGUCAUCUGAAUCCCAUGAUGUACCUUACUUUAAAGCUUGCCUUCCAUGGAAUCUCCGUUACAUUUGUGCUGACAGAGUCCUGGCUCAAAAUCAUUACACAGGCCGAUGAGGAUCCUUUCACCCAUACUUCAAACCUCCAGGCCGCUCUCAUUCCAGACUGUAUGGUGGGGGAGUCUCAAAGGGGGGAAAACUUCAUCGAAUUUUUUCACUCCCUUUCAAACAUGGAAGCUCAUGUGGCUCACCUCCUAACCAAUCUGAAUAGCUCGGAAAAACCCGUGACAUGCAUGGUCGCCGAUAUAUUCCUCAAGUGGACUGUCCCUUUUGCUAAAAGACAUGCUCUGCUCUCUGUUUCGAUGUGUCCAAUGUCUGUCACAAGUUUUUCCAUCUCUUAUCAUUUAUGCUUAGGGUUGGAAGGAUGGAAGGAUUAUAUUCCCAGAUCGCCUCCACAACCAACAUAUUCUCCAUUGCGCAAUGAAAUUACAGAGUGUUUGGCCAAUGUGAGUACAACCGAUUGGAUUGUGGCGAAUUCCUUCUACGCCUUGGAUUGCAAAGCAGUGGAGAUACAGAGCCAGAAAACCCCCGUGUACUGUGUGGGUCCCUUGAACAUGGGUUCCUCUUCAAAGCUCCAGACGCACUGUAUUGAAUGGCUGGAUUGCAAACCAGCGCGGUCGGUUAUCUAUGUUUCCUUCGGCAGCUUCAUGACUGUGGAAAGAUCUCAGGUAAGGGAAAUAGCAGACGGUCUCAUGAAGAGCGGGUGCUAUUAUCUGUGGGCGCUUCGUCCAGAUAAAGAGGCGGGUCAUGUCUCAGAGAUGUUGCCGACUGGAUUUUUGGAGGAAUGUGAAGGGCGGGGGGUAAUUGCGCCCUGGUUUAGGCAGGCGGAGGUUCUGAAACACCCUGCCGUAGGAGGGUUUUUGAGCCACUGCGGGUGGAAUGCGGUCAUGGAAAGCGUCUCAGCAGGUGUUCCCAUUCUGGGUUUUCCUCUUGCAGUGGAUCAGUUUAUGAAUUGCAGAAUGAUGGUAGAGGAAUGGAAGUUUGGAUUGGCGCUGAAAAAGGCAGAGGAUGGGAAUAGGGUUAUAAGAGCUGGAGAAAUAGAGGGAAAGGUCAAAAUGUUGAUUGAAGGGGAGGAGGGUGUGAGAGUACGUAGAUUAGCAGAGAGAUUUAGGGGUGUGGCAGAGGAAGAAGUGAGUAAAGGAGGACGGUCGGCCAGUAACUUGGAAAUACUGGUGAAUAGUUUAAAACUAAUUUGAUAAGUUGUGUAAUAAUUAUUAAAUGUUUUUGUUUUGACAUGAUAAUUUGACAGAGCCGUGAUGGAUUGUUUUGUCUGGAUUUAUAUUUGGAAUAGAACUCUCCCUCUGGCGUGGACUACUUUAUGCAGUUGUAAUGUCAUUGGCUCGUUGAUGUUUUACUGUGUGGCAAUAGCAAUAACGGCUCUUUCUAUUGAUGUAA